AAGAGCUGGGUAUUACCCAGUGGGUAUCAUUAGCCACAGCACAAGUUCAGUAAAACCACAAUAUAACACUACAAUUAUAGGCAAAAUACACGGCAGUAAUAUGAAUUUGUAGCAAUACAAAGAAUAUCCGGGUGUCAUCCUCACAAUGCACCGUAGCAGAAGCUCACAAGAGGUGGUGUUAUGUGUUGCAGCCACGUUGAAAUGCGUGACUGAUCAAACCAAAACCGUAUCCAUUUGCAUGCACAACAAUUGUUUUUUUCCCUUAGCAAAAGCCAUUUUUUUCAUUAAAAAUGAUAGUUUAUAGCUUUGUAUGCUGCUUGUUCUGCAACUGUCAUGCCCUCGUCCCAACACGUGUCAAAUAAGAUUCCUUCUUAAUAAUUUUCUUCAUCCUUUUGUGAGCUCAAACAAAACCCAUCAUGGGUUUUUUACUUCAGCUUGAGGUUUGCUUUGGCUAGCUAGCUCUAUCUACUCCAAAAUAAAUUAAUACUAGUAUUAGAUUAGACUACCACAUACAAGGAUGGAGAAUCACAAUGAGGAGUGGGAAAUUGUGGAUUAUCCAUCCAAUGAUGAAGAUAGUAAUGAGUGGAAAAUGAGUUGGAUUUUGAGCAAGGGUUUGGGAAUUGGGAAGAAAAUACUUAUCACUGGAUUUGUAAUGUCUUCUGCACCUUUGGUUCUUCCACCACUUGUGGUGAUUUCUGCAAUUGGGUUUGUUGUUUCAGUCCCAUCUGGGAUUUUCUUGGCUAGCUAUGCUUGUACUGAAAAGUUCAUGAAUAAGCUUCUCCCUAUGCCUUAUAGAAAUGGAGAAGAAGAUUACUAUAUUGACAUGCAAAAAGAGGAAGAUGAGGAAAGAAAGGAUAUACAAAGAGGGGUUAAAUCGAGAAUUGAAUUGGAAGAUGAGAGGGCUAGUAGUAAUGAUGAAAUUGAAGGGGCUGAUUAUGGGGAAGGAGUUAAAGGAAAUGCAGUAGAGAUUCCUAUAGAAGAAAAUGGCUAUGAGAAAAAUUUGGGGAAGGAAAAAGCAGAGGAAAAGUUGGUGGUAGAAAGUAAAAAUCAGAGGAAGGAAGAGCCAGUCAAAGUGGAGGAAGUUGUGGUUUUGAAUUUGACUGAGGCUGAUGAUGGGAGUGGAAUUUCAACUGUUGAUGAUGUAUUUACAGCUGUGAUUGAAGAAAAAGAGAGUGAAGAAAGAGAAGAGGAUUUGACAAAAGAGACAAGGACUUUGCUGGAACAAAUCAGGGAUGAAGGAAAAGCUGAUGACCAAAAAUCUUCUCAAGAUUCUUCAACUUCCAAGGGGGUUAAAACUGGUGAGCUUCCUGUUUCAAGUGGGGCUGAGGUUAAAGAUGCUGGAAGCACUUCUGAAAAAGGAGUCAAAAGUGUCCCCUCCAGUGAGGCAAAGAAGAAGAAGAAUGUGAAAAAGAAGCCACAAGAGCAGCAGCAGCAGCAGAAGGUUUCUAAUAUUGAUGAGGAGAAGGUGUGGGAACAGAUUGAAGCUGUAAGAGGUAUAGUUGGAUACAAAGGCACACCCCAAAAGUCAAGUAUAGAAGAAGUUAGAGCUCUCUACAUCUUCACCGGCGUAGAGCCCCCUGCAUCCUUUGAGGAAAACACUGAUAUGGCUCAAGUUGACAGCAAACUCCAGUUUCUUAUGUCCAUAAUUGGAGUUAAAUAGGAAUAGUAGUUUCUCUGUCUACUUCUGUUUUAGUUUUAAUGCAAAGAUAUCAUUUUCCAUGUGUACUGUAAAUUUAGAAUUUUUUCUUUGGCAAAUGGGAUUUUAAAAUAUUUUGCUUUGUAAACUUCUAGACUGUAGUAUUUAUAUCCAUAAUGUGCUAUCUUAUGACAAAAGUUAUCC